GUAAAAAUGGCUGAAGUAGAUUUCGGAGAUACUGAGCUCUUUCAGCAGCUAGAUGACUCCGCACCGUCGGUCCCGUCGCAUAUUCGCUUCACAGAUAAUGAAGAAGACGAGGAGGAGAAAGGCCUGCCCCAGAGCCAGCUGGAGGAGUACGACGACCACAUCCAGAGACUAACCGAGGAGAAUAAAGGUUUGAGAAGAAAACUUAACAUCCUGACACGACCAAGCGGCAUCACGGUGGAAGAUGUCAACUUCGACGGGCCAGUUCUUCAAAUCCUUUAUUCAAACAACUUUAUAUCAAAGCAGUGUCGUCAAGAAAUUGAAGAUAACAUCUGCAAUGUGAUUUUGAAGCACCAGAAACCGGUCAAUCAAAAGAAGAGUCCCUCCUCUCACCUGAAACCCCAGAAUUCAGCGUUAGCUCUGGAGGAAGAUUUGGAGAAGUCGUCUUCCAGUAGUAUAAGAACAACAACGGAAGCCUUUAAAGUAGUUGGAAGUGUUUUGUAUUUCACGACAUUCAGUGUUGAUAAACUUGGACAACCUCUGCAAAAUGAAAACCCCCAGCUGACAGAUGGAUGGGAAGUUCCAGCCUAUCACCAGGUUUUCAACCAAGUCAUUGGCACAGAGGGACAGGAGAUAGAAAUGAAGGACAAAAGACCUAAAUCUAUGUGUUUCAACUGUGGCUCAAGCAGCCAUCAAAUUAGAGACUGUCCCAAGCCUAAAGACAUGGCUGCCAUUAAUGAAAGAAGAAAGGAGUUUAAUCAGAAUAGCAACCAGGGCAUGCAGAGUAACCAGCGAUACCAUGCUGAUGAAGUGGAGGAGCGAUUCUCCAAAUACAAGCCUGGAGUCAUGAGUGAGGAGCUGUUGUCAGCACUGGGAAUUGAUGGCAACACCCUCCCUCCUCUGAUAUAUCGCAUGAGGCAGCUGGGAUACCCACCAGGUUGGCUCAAAGAGGCAGAGAUGGAAAACUCUGGUUUAGCACUGUAUGAUGGGAACGUUUCAAAAGAAGGUGAAAAUACCAACACACAAAACGUCACAUAUGAUGUUUCCAAACUAAUAGAUUUCCCAGGCUUCAAUGUACCAGCACCAAACAAAAUGAAAGACGAAUUCAUGCAGUUUGGUUCUAUCCCAAUGCAGAGCAACCACAUGAAGCAAAACUACGCAGCCUACCUGUCCAACAACUUUGCUGCGCCUGGAGCCACCUGCAACAAGAGGCGGCAUGAAUCUGACUCAUCUCCACAGCUAAGGAAGAAGACGAGGUCCAGCCCUGAUCGGAGCUCAGACAGGAGCUCUGAUAUGGAUAUUGAAUCAGAUCCAGGAACACCUUAUCAAGGUGCAGGUGACUUCCAGUUCCAACCACCGCUGCCCCCUGGCUCUCCUUGUUUCAGUUCACCUCCUCCUUUACCCCAUGGCACUCCUCCUGCUACUCCCACUCCUCCACCUCUCCCUAAAGGUACUCCUCCUCCCACACCCACCAAUGGCUCUCCAGCUUUGCGAGGGCAAAACUGGGUAGUGGUUGAUGAGACUGUGGAGGGAACGGAGGAUGAACUGACUCUGGAGGAACUGGAGGAGCAGCAGCGGCUGAUCUGGGCAGCUCUUGAAAAUGCUGAUACAGCUACCAAUAGUGACUGUGACACACCUGCGAUGGGAACACCAGUACCCAGUUCAUCAAGCGUGUCCACACCUGUGCACGUCGACACAGAAACGGAAGAGGUUGAAGAAGCAAUGGACACAACAGGACCAGCAGAAACAUGCAAUACCAGUGAAAAUCAGAGGGAACCUGAAGUUCUAGAGGUUUGCUCUGAGACCCCGGGACCUGUCAAAGCCGAGGAGGACAGCCUGCAAAGCCCUGAACCAGUCAAAGCCCAAGAUAAUAACCCUCAGAGUCCUGGUCCAGUCAAAGCCCAAGAUGAUAGCCCUCAGAGUCCUGGUCCAGUCAAAGCCCAAGAUGAUAGCCCUCAGAGUCCUGGUCCAGUCAAAGCCCAAGAUGAUAGCCCUCGGAGUCCUGGUCCAGUCAAAGCCCAAGAUGAUAGCCCUCAGAGUCCUGGUCCAGUCAAAGCCCAAGAUGAUAGCCCUCAGAGUCCUGGUCCAGUCAAAGCCCAAGAUGAUAGCCCUCAGAGUCCUGGUCCAGUCAAAUCCCAGGAGGACAGCCCACAGAGCCCUGAGCCAAUGAAAUGCCAGGAAGACAACCCACAGAGCCCUUAUCCAGAUUUACCUGCUGGAGGGACUGGAGAGGGUGCCUCUCCUAAGAAUGUGGAUAAAGUAACAGCUGUUCCUCAUCGGAGCAAUUUUGCAGCUGGCAUCGUUCCUUUUGAAGAUACACCAGAAUAUACGGAAGUUGCUGAGGCUACAGGGACAUACCUUAAGAUCAGAGACUUACUCAAGUGUUCACCUCGAAAUUUGUCCAAGAAAAAAUAAGUUUACUUUGUGUAUUAUAACACAAAGAUACCUUGACAUUUUUUAAGCUAAAAUUUCUAUUUUCAUUUUCAUGACCAUCUUAUCGAGCAUGUUUUUUAUUUCAUUAUUUUGUACGAAGUUGAAUGUCAAUUCUGUAUAUACAUUUGAUCUGUAAACAUACAAUUUGGCAAGGGAAGUGAGGGACGCUGCAACCCCAAUUGUUUGUAGGGUUUGACCCAUCUGUCGCAGUAAUGCUUUUUAUUGUAAAAAUUGUCAAUGGUCAUGUCCUGACCUGCAUUGAUUUUCAUAUCAUGAUGUUUUAAAUGGCUUUUUUUCUAUUUUUGUCCCACUUGAAUUGAACCAACAUUCUUAAGUAAACAUCUUGUCUUUG